UGAACGUUAUAUUUUUGUUUCUGUAGUAAUGUUUAUCAAUUGAUAAUUUGCGAGAUUUAUAUGCAUUUAAAGAAAUUCUAUUGAUCGUCAAUUAUGCUUUAAAAUUUACAUAAUUACUAAUAUAUUUGUGACGCUAUCUUAGAUAACAUGGGUUUAUUAUCAGACCCGGAGUACGGGUCAGCAAAAUGGGUUAAGAUUCUUCGAAAAAUACAAGGGCCGCUAUGUCUUCUGUUUUAUAUUGGAGCAAUUGGAUGGUUUCUGAUGCUUGGAAACAGGGAUUUUAACAACGAAACGUACUUCUCAGAGAAUGCUUUACUCCCGGGUUUAGUUGCCAAGGAGUUUAAUGCUGAAUCCAGUGCGAACAGAUUCUACAGUGAACUUUUGCAAGAAAUUGAGGGAAAGUAUGAAGAAACAGGUGAAAUGCCCAUAUCCUGGUUAGUGGGUAAGAUGUCCCAGUUGCAUUUGGAAGUCUACACUCACAACUUCACUCUCAAUUAUCCAAUGGGACAGGGUCAGGUGUACAAAGGUACAAAUGUCUAUGGUAUACUUAGAGCUGCAAGAACACCAUCUCUGGAAGCAUUGGUGGUAUCAGCUCCAUUCCGAUACAUGUCCACACAUCAGAAGGGAACUGCGGCAGGCAUUGCUUUGAUGUUAGCAUUUGCACAAUUUGCCAGACCUCAGAAAUAUUGGGCCAAAGACAUAAUCUUCCUCAUCACUGAAUAUGAACAACUAGGAAUGCAGGCAUGGCUCGAAGCAUAUCACGGACUUGAUAAUAAGCCCGGAAACUUUUAUACUAGUUUAGGAAGUUUCUGGAAAUCUGAUCUACCGAUGCUAGAUCUAGCUAAGUUUACUUCACACAUUGAUUGGGGUGAGGAUGCUCAAAGUCUAAAUCCAGGCAAAUUGCAAGGUAGAUCUGGAUCUAUACAGGCAGCUAUAAAUUUGGAAUUUGAUUCACCAAAAAUAAAGUACAUAGAGGUGAAAAUUGAAGGAUUAAAUGGACAACUGCCCAAUCUCGAUCUUGUAAACUUAGUUCAUAAACUUUGCGUGAAGUCUGGAAUACAUCACUCUUACAAAAAUAGUUAUUCAUGGAUACGACGUAACAAGAUGGAUGAAUGGGUGAAUGGUAUUUGGACUAUGCUGGGUAUGGUCAACACACAAUUCCCUGGGGUACCAAAUGGUAAUCAUGGAUUAUUCCAUCGUUUUGGAAUCGAAGCUGUGACCUUAGAAGGUAGAGAUGCUAACGAUCCAGCUGGUAUACCUCCCAAAGUGAACUCCUUACCUACCGCUAGCUUUUACAAGCUGGGCACAGCUUUGGAAAGUAUUCUACGAUCACUGAAUAAUUUGCUGGAAAGAUUCCAUCAAAGUUAUUUCUUUUACCUUCUCGCUUCUACGAAUAGAUUUGUUUCUAUCGGGCAAUAUAUGCCGUCACUUUGCUUACUUUGUGCUGCGAUGUUAAUACGAGCAUUAUCAUUAUGGGUUAAUAUACAACAAGAUGAUGAAACAGAUGCAGAAAGUGACAAGAUAAAAGAUAAAAAUACAAAAGACACGCUAAAAGAUACAAAAGAUAAUUCUGAUGAAGAAAAAACGGAAGAAUUUGGAAACGAAAAUAAAGUAUCUGAAGAAGUAAAAGACAGUGAUGUGAAAUUGGAAAAUGAUGAUGAAAAAGACCAUUUAGCACCAAAAGAGUUGGAUGAAAGUGAUGGUGAUGGAUUUAGCAUGGUUAAUAUUGGAGCUAAUUAUCUAUUGGUCCAUUUAUUGGGAUAUAUGGUGAUGAGUUCACCUGUCAUCUUCAGUCAAAUUGGUGCAAAAUACUUCGAGUAUCCAUCAGAGUUUUCGGUGUACUGUGGUUUUAUAGCAAUAUCUGUUGUGAUAAUCAUAAUGUCACCAUUUCUACCUCGACUGUUCAGAUCAAGUCCAUUGACUCGAGAAGAAAUGACAUUAAUGAAUAUAUUAGUACUAAUUGAACUAUCCACCGCUUGUCUAGCUAUUGGUAUGCAUAAUUUCUCUCUAGGAUUUGUGGUGGCAACUAUUUAUACACCAUUGUCUCUGGUUGUGGGUGUCAUUGACAAUAAUAGAACACGAUCAGUAAUUUUACAAAUCAAACGAAUUAUGUGUCUUUUACUUCACCCGCUGUGCUUUUUGUCUCUGGCCAUGAUUAGUUACAGUCGUGUGUUGUUCCCCGAAGAGGGGUUAGGCUCUAUGAUUUCCCGAGGAAAGGACGCAGCAAUGCAAGCUGUCAUGUUCUCUAUAGUUGACUCUAUGAUUUAUGGCAAUUGGUUGUAUAAUGUUGCCACAUGUAUACUAUUUCCAACUUGGAUCAUCUUUUGGCAAAUAUUAUGUAACAAAGUAGAAAUAGUUUAAUACAAAAUUAGUAUUACUGGAUAACUUUAGUUAAGUUUUUGUAGUGUUCAUGUUCUGUGGAAGAUAUGUUUAAAUACAAUUGUUAAA